AUGCCUUACACGCCCCCCUCAAGUCGUUCGCCCGCCUCGUCCGCAGCUUCGUCACCAGACACCAGCCGCCGGCCGUCGUUCAAUGCCGCCUCCAAGCCUGUAAAUGCGUCGCUCCACUUCUCCCCGGCGCCACCCUCGGCGCUGCCCCGGUCGUCUUCUUAUCUGACAAGACACCGCCGGACGCCCUCGGCUGUUUCCAACUCGUCUGUCUCCACAAUCAGCGGCCAGCCUACGCCACAGCCUACGUCCGACAACCUCCAUGGCAUGGUCCCGGUGGUGUCCGGCCACAGUUAUGAUGAGAACAGCAGCGUCCGCCAGUCGCCCCCGCCAAUAACAGGUGAGCGUCGGGGCAUGCCCACCGGCGCCGUCAUCUCGCCGCCCGACUCGCCGCCCACAAGCGACGACGAGGGCCACGUGGAGACCCGCGGCCGCCGGUUGGAGAGCAUGUCUGAGCUGAAGCAGUUGCACGACGCCGUUAGCCAGCUGCCCCAGCAGCGCCGCGCCAGCUCGCCCAACAACGAGCCUGCCGACCUAGGCGUCCUGGUCGUCCAGCCGAUCCCGCCUGUUGUCAGCAGCAUCAGCAACAUCAGCAGCACUGAGACCAACAUGCGCCACAGUUUCAGCACAACCUCUCUGGACCACCUCCGCAUCGGCGGUGGCCGCAGCAGCAGCAUUGGUAGCAACGGUCGCCGCAUCUCGCACAUGCGGUCGGCCACCGAGCCCAGCGUCUCGGUCUCGCCGUCGGCUGGCAGCUCUGUCGCGAACUCGGACGAGGAGAACGACCUCGAAAUCCUGGCGAAACCUCCCAUGGUGCGCAAGAAGUCUGGCGAGCUCGUCCGCCCGGCUCUGCGCCUGGGCGCGGGCCGCCGGCCCUCCAGUAUGCCUGGCACCCCCACCUUCUCCAAGGUCGUGCACUUUGACUCCCACCUGGAGCACGUCCGCCACUUUCUGCAGGUCGACCGCCCGCUGGCCGUCAGCGCCGGUUCGUCGCCCGUCGAGGUGUACGAAAGUGAAUCGGAGUACCCCUUCAACAGCAGCAUCCCCGGCAUGAAGCAGCAGCAGCAGCAGCAGCAGCAGAAGCGCGGUGGCCCGCCCUUCGAGUGGGAGAUUGUCUUGACCAAGUUCCCCGUGGAGACGGCCGAGCGCAAGGCCCUGCCUGUGCGCCUCGAGCGCGUGUGGCUGUCGCCGGACCAAAAGUUCUUGCACGGCUCCGUGUCGUGUCUGAACUUGGCCUUUUCCAAGUUGGUCGUAUGCCGCUUCACCCUCGACUACUGGAAGACGACCUCGGAGAUCGCCGCCGAGUACAGCGCCGAGAUUGUGCCACGCGUCACCCCGCAGGGCAACGACCGCUUCAACUUCACCAUCAAGCUGUCCGACCUGGCCAAUCUGGAGUCCAAGACCAUGUACUUCUGCAUCCGCUACAACGUCGAUGGCAAGGAGUUCUGGGACAACAACAACGGCAGCAACUUCCAGCUUGAUUUCAAGAAGAAGAUGCUCGCGAUCAACGGCAAGAGCGGUCUGCAGAACGGCGCCCUGCCGCGCAGCCACCACCGCCGCGCAAACGCCACGUCCACGCAGCGCCCUGUGUCGAUGCCGGUGUCCCUGGACGACUUCGGCAGCAGCGCCAACGGACAUGGCAGUAAGAUGUUCGACCAGUCCGUCCACGAGUACCUUGGCGAGUCAGACCGCCCGGCCCUGCGGCUCAAGUCGUCGCAAAACGGCGGUCCCAGCCUGGCGAGCGACAACCUGACGGCCCGCCUGGUAUCGCCCAGCGGCCAGGCUUUUGCCAACCGGUACGACUUCGGCGCUUCGCUCUCCGCGGCCAUGCAGGCCGCCAAGGAUGCCAUGGCGACCAACAAGCGUGACGGCGGCCUCUAUAUGAAGCCGAGCCGCAAGGUCGCCGUCGUCCCCGCUCCGUCCGCCGACGCCGCCGUCAAAGUCGGCGCUGCUUCGGCCAACACCAACGAGCGCGUCAUCGCCGUCAACACGACCCAGGAGCCCACGACCGUCGCCCUUCCCGUCGCCGCCCUCGAUCGCGACUCGCGUACGAUUUUGACCGAAUCGGCACUCUACGGCCCCGGAGGCAUUGCAUCCAAGUCGUACGACGAAAUCGUUAGCAAAUACUGCUUUUAUGUCCCGAAGCCAUCCCUCCCCACUAAGGAUGGUUCCUCCGCGCAAAACGGACAAAACGACACGAAGGCUACCUCGAGCCCCGCCUCGACCAUCACCUCGGACGGCAGCCCCGUGCAUACCGCCCGCACCCAUCAGGAACCUUCCCGCCCUCGCUGGCAUGCCGACGUACCGAGCCGCGAUUCCAGUUCGUUGUCCAUCCAGAGCGUCGGGUCAUCAACCUCCUCCGCGUCGCCCCCUACGUCUGGCUUUGUGCAAACGUCGCCGGUCACGAACCAGGGCCACGUCCCGGGCCAGCCUCGCCGUGGUACCAUGUUCGCGACCGGCCCCCUGAUUUCGGCGGGGGACAAGGCGGGUAGCGGCGACAGCGACAGCGCCAGCACGAGCAGCAGCAACACGGCGUCACCUGCUUCGCCUGCAUCACCUGCUGCGCUUGCCGGCGCGUUUCCUCCCUUUGCUGGCACGCCGCCACCACCGGACUAUUCCUUUGUGAAAGAUCGGUUUCCCUUUGCCAAUGCAGACGGCCACGCGGCCACGGCCAUCAAGGGCUAG